AUGGGGUUCUUGGACUAUCUCUCCGAUCUCUAUGACUCCAUAGCCAUCCAGCCGGCCGAGGCGGAGGAGCCGCAAAAGGACGACGGAGACUCUGGCGAAGAGGGAGGCGAGGAGAAGAGCGAAGACUCUAGCGAGGGCGGCGAGGAAGAAUCAGAGGAUGGCGGAGACGACGAGGAAGAGGAGGAGGAAGAGGAAGAAGAGGAAGAAGAGCCGGAGGACAUCAAGCCCAAGCUUGAAGAAGAAUGCAUGCGAACAGCACAAUGCGCGCCCCUCAAGCAUCACUACGAUGAGUGUGCCGAACGCGUGCAGCAGCAGGAGCAAGAACAUGGCAAGGCUCAGGAGGACUGUGUCGAAGAAUUCUUCCAUAUGAUGCACUGCGCUAGCCAGUGCGCCGCACCGAAGCUUUUCAAGCAGCUUCGAUAG